AUGUCUACAGCAGCAUCAACAAGGCUAACUAAAUCAAUAAAGCACCAACCUUCAAGAUUAGACUUACUCGAUGACUCUACUUUGACUUCGCUACCGUUACCCCCACCACCACCCUUAAAGAGACUACUGAAUCAGUCAUCUCAAAAUUCAGCUACUUGUUCAAUAAAGCAGCAAAAACGACAGCAACGACGACGGCGGCUGCAACAGCUGUGUUCCGACGCAACUAAUGACAUAUCGAGGAAACAGGGGAAAAGAAGGAAAAGCAUCGAUACUCGAGAAAAAGCAGAAAUGAAUGGGGAGGAGGUGCUGGAGAUGGAGGAGGAAGAGGAGGAAGAGGAGGAUGUCGACGAGGAGGACGAUGAUGAGGAGGAUUGCUUCGAAUACUCAUACGACGAUGAAGACCCUAUAGUACUAGUCGAGGAUUAUUUGUCAACACAUAAUGUAUCGGACAAAUCAGAGGCAGAUGAAUUGCAAUUGCCCAACGCAACUACCGCACCAUUAGCAAAUCAUCACCUAUCACGACAAGAAUCUUUGGCCAAUUUCAAACAACGAAUACUUUCAACAAAUAAUGUUUGCUUGCAUGAGCCAAUUUUAGAAAACAGCACAACCAGCAACAACAACAACAACAGCUACAACAACAACAAUGACGACGACUUUAUUUCAAAUCCACAUGUUUCUACAAACAUUGUCAAUCCACGCCCACUUGACGAUUUACAAGCUAUAUUUGGUAAUUUACCAAGUUUUAAAUUGCUAAAGUAUUGUGAUUUGUGCGAGAAACCAUUAUAUGAAAUAUCAUCCAUAAUUAAUUCCAAGAAAUCCACUAAUUUGACACAAUUUAUAUGUGGUGACUGUAUCGAUAAUUAUGAGAUAUUUUGGAAUGAAUAUUCGGAACUACAACUGAAGCAAGAGGAGAGAAAAUCCGUUGAGGAGGAGGAGAAGGAAGAGCAAAAGAAGAGAAAAGCUGUUGAGGAGGAGGAGGAAGAGCAAAAGAAGAGAAAAGCUGUUGAAGAGGAGGAAGAGCAGAAAAAGAGAAAAGUAAGCACUGUUGAUGAACGGUUGUUUACAAUUUUGAAAAAAGUUUCCCAAAAAUAUAAUGUUGAAUCUUUCCAUUGUGGGAAAGCAGUUGCUGAAAAACAACACAAUGGGAGAGAUUUGAUCCGAGCCUUGAGGGAGAAAAUCCACUGUACUAUACUGUCGGGCAAGUGA